UUAGAGAGUAGUUUGCUUCUAAUGGAUCCAUCGCUGAAAGUGUGUAUCACCUGGCCUGUGGACAUGAUAUUCCCCGGCAGUAUACAUCCCCCAGCUAGGACCCAACAGAGCGCUCUGCAAAGGUAGCUUCGCAUUGCUUCCAAGCUUCAACCAGACCAUCGAAGUACUCCGUGAUCCAUUAUUAAGGUGCACAAAGUGUAAUGGCAUCACCAAUGAUCUUCUGUGGGAAGGAAAAUAAAAACGAUGAACAUGACCAAGGUCAGAUGAACUUGGAAGAAGUCAAUCCUAUCUUAACGGCAUGGGCAUCAGAAUAUGUGUCACCAAGAGGCAAAUUUGUAGCUUGCCUUUCGGAUCCUUGUAAGAAUGGUGGCAUCCGAGAAGAAGAAGGGGGCAUUCAGAGAUGUCGGUGCCCAAAGUAUUAUGCAGGGAAACACUGCCAAUAUUGUAGUUUCUUUUUACCAUAUCAAUCCGCACUGGAUACAAACAUAAUACCAUACUCAAACGAUCGGACUGGCUUGAAGUUGAGAACACGCGGGAUUGGGCAUACUCUUGCGUUUAUUGGUGAGGCCAACAGUAAAGGUGUCAUGAUCAUUUUUGACUUCUGCGUUGAUGGAUCCUCGCAAGUUAUGUCGACCCAACAAACUCGAGGUGAAGGAUCGUCCAGUGUUUUCAGUCCAGUGCUGGGCCAGCUUCACUGCGGACCAUCUGGGUACGAUUCGUUCUGGCUUGACCACUCGGAGGGAAACUUUGCAGUGGGACUUCAGGGGAAUUCAACUCCUUUUAUCAAGUUUCGUCCAGAAGUGCAAGUGAAGAUUAACAGCGUUGGCCUGAGAGUGAGAGGUGCUUCGGGUGGGGACUGGAUGAUUGAUCAACCAUGUGGCGAUCGGAUAAGGUCUUACUGGUUAUAGCCUCCUAGCAAAAAUCCAUCAAAAUACAAUCACAAGCAGUCAAACACUGAAAUGUGUGAAUGUUUACAUGUACAAAUAGAAAAAUAACAAAAUAUUAAGUAAACAUUAUAAAAAUUACAUGAACUGUCCCGGAACUGUCUGCAAAGGGCGGACAACUGAAAAGGAGGCUAUGGAAGAAGAAAACAAAGGGGGGGGGGGGGCAAUACUCACUGGAACUUUUUACCCUUUCAGUUGCCAGGUUGAUGGUUCUUAAAGCUGUUCGUAAGUUACAAGUUAACUACUACGAACGAUCGUAGUUACACCAGGCCUGUACUUGUGGUAAAUGGUAAACACUCGGUUCACAUCCUACAGGAUCACCAGUCGUACGUAAAGUCGUUCAUAAAGUCGCUUGUAAGUUGCAAAUUGCUUUAUGAAACACCCGCCUUGCCGGGAAUCAAAUACAGUUCAUUUGAAAUAUACGGAUUUUAUUUUUCUUCUAAAAUCUAACUUCAAU